AUGGCUGCUGAAGGAGAGAAAGCCAAGCCCGUCACCCCGUCCAGGAUGGAAAACUUCCGAAAGGUGAGGACGUCAGAGGAGGAAAGCCCAUUGCCCUUCCCCAACCUGCCCCCAGACGUGGUGGAGAUGAAAGUGAAGGAGGGCAGCAAGAUCAGGAACCUGAUGAACUUUGCUAUGGCCCAGAUGGAGCUGAAGGGCAGCCGGCAGAUCGUCUUCAGUGGCAGCGGCAGAGCGGUCACCAAGACCAUCACCUGCGUGGAGAUCAUGAAGCGGAAGCUGGGAGGUCUUCACCAGGUCACCAAGGUACGCUACAAAACCUUGCUGGAGGUCUGGGAGAACCAGGACCCGCUGCCCGGUGGCCCAGCACACUGCAUCCUGCUCUCCCGAGACCCUCUGGAUCCCAACCAGACAGGCUACCAGCCCCCGGAGCCCCGGCAUGGGCAAGAGAUGCAGCUCGGUGAGGCAGGAGAAGACAUGUCAGGCUCCUCUGUCAAGGGGCUGAAGCGGCCCCUGCCACCCCCCCGUGAGGAGCUGCAGACCAAGAAGUUGCAGGUACAGGUACCCGAAAGCCCAACGGGCUCGGGGACCACCGACCACCAGCUGGCCCACCACCACUGA